AUGAUGUGGCCUAUGGCUGUGUAUAAGAUGGCAGAUGUAGCCUGCAAAUGCCAUGGCGUCUCUGGGUCCUGCAGCCUCAAGACCUGCUGGCUCCAGCUGGCUGAGUUCCGCAAGGUGGGGGACCAGCUGAAGGAGAAGUACGACAGCGCCGCUGCCAUGCGCAUCACCCGCAAAGGCAAGCUGGAGCUGGUCAACAGCCGCUUCAACCAGCCCACCCCGGAGGACCUGGUGUAUGUGGACCCCAGCCCUGACUACUGCCUGCGCAACGAGACCACGGGCUCCCUGGGCACCCAGGGCCGCCUCUGCAACAAGACCUCGGAGGGCAUGGAUGGCUGCGAGCUCAUGUGCUGCGGCCGCGGCUACGACCAGUUUAAGAGCGUCCAGGUGGAGCGCUGCCACUGCAAGUUCCACUGGUGCUGCUUCGUCAAGUGCAGGAAGUGCACGGAGGUCGUCGACCAGCACGUCUGCAAAUAGCCGGGACCACGUCCUGGCCUCCUCUCCACUCUGCCUCACAGAAGAUUAUAUAUAUAAAUCUAUAUAAAUAUAUUUUAUAUUUGUAUAAAUGAAUGGAUGAAUGAUAAUUAAAAGAUGAAAAUGGAAAGGAAAAGCUUAUUUAAGAGAUGCUAGAGGUCUUUGAGGAUUGGACUUUGCAGGUUCUCAGCUCCCAGUGGGUGGGACAAAGGGCUUUUUCCCUCCCUCCAGGGGGGACUCUCAGGAUGUAGGGACUUGGGAAUAUUUGCUGCCUAUCCACCAUGGCCUUGAGGAGAGAGGUGGUGGGUAGAAGGAGAAGAUGACUUCGUCUGGAAGUCUGGAGUCUCUGUUGGGUACAUGACUGCCCUGUGACUCCAGCCUGUGUGCCUAGAGGCCCUGUGGGAGGCGGCAGGAGCUCAGCGUAGUCUUUGAAGUCUGCAGGGUCUUGCCCAGAAUAUUGACGGGUUCUGUGAGAGGGCCACUGCUUUCCUACCUUUCCAUUGUGUGCAGACCUGCAAAAGCGAGGAGCCGUCCGAUGCCAUCUCUGACCCAGGACUGCAAAGGGGCCCGCACCUCCCUGGGCCUCUUUCCAGUGAGAAUGACUCUUCCUCACAGUUCACUAGCUCCUGCCACAAGCUCCCUGCACCAGGAGGAAAGGGGCCCUUUGGCCUGACGUGUUAGGAAAGACAUGGACAUGGACUGAAUGUUUGUGCCUGAGCUGCACAAAGCCGGGUGCGUAACCGUACUGAGUGAACAUUGCACUGUGCUCCCACCAGGGAGAGGAACCUUGUGAUGCUGCUGCUGUCAAGUCCUCCAACAGCGGAGGCCUCAUGAGCGACAGGAUGCGUAGCUAGGUCAGGCUCGCUGGCCUGGCAUGGUCUCUUCAUCUCUGCCCCAGAUGUACAGUUUCUCUCUGACAUUAAAUACCCU